AUGGACGCAACACGCCCGACUGCCUCGAAAGUUGCUGAAGAUUCGCACAGCUCAGAGGUCUUCUACGUUACCGAACUGUUCGAGCAGAUCAUGAUCCACGUUGACAUGAGAACUCUUCUCCUCGCCCAGCGCGUUGAUAAGCACUGGAGCACGAUAAUUUCAACGUCCAAGCCACUUCAACAGAAGUUGUUCUUCCUUCCAGCAACUCGAGCGCAACUCAUUGCUCUCAAUACAAUCGAGCUAGGCCCCAUCAUCUGGCAUCCCGAAGACGACAAAUGGUGGCGAGCGACUCAGCCAGAGAAUCGCUAUAACAUCUGCAAGUUCUCGAGCAAGUGCUUCAUGACCGGAACGACACACUCUUCGAAACCCUUCCAACUCGCCAUCUACAACCCGAUCCUCUUCAACAUGCCGAAAUCAAAUAAUCCGGUCCUUCAGCACAAGAUACGCAGCGAACCAACCUCGACUGUUCGACCCUCUUGGGAGAAAAUGCUCAUUUUGCAGCCUCCUCAGCCGAAGAAGCUGAUGUACUUCGUGGACACUAGAUAUUCCUCGUGCCAGUACCACGCUGGCGCCCGGAAUUUUCUAGCUGAGGGCGACGCCGCAUUGCUCGAAGUCCUCAGUCUGGCAGAACAGUGCCUGCAGGAGAAGUACAAGUCAACCCAUCCAGAAUGCGUCUGCGAGAUUGGAGGGCCAGGUCGAAAUGCUACUAUGCGCCUUUGCGCCGUCGCUGCGUCUCCUGAAGAUGUCGAGGAGUUCAAAGUUGGCGAGCUGGACACUUGAUUGCAUGGUGACAAAUGCUUUCGUGGAGCCACCGCAUUGUCUGGAGGUGGUUGCUGAGGCAUGAGCGAGGGACUGGACAAGAUACAGACACACAGCAGCUGACAUGGCCUAAGGUCUGCCUCAGAAGCUGACCAUUACGGCCACUCAACGUAUAUUUGCGAGAGCGGUGCGGCUUAUGCAAAAAUACGCAUACAAAACAUGAAACCCAGAAGAGUAUGUACACACAACCUCAGGAUCAGUCCCACAAGUCUGCAUAAGAGCGGAGUUGAUGAUCAUGAGCUAUCAGUGAAUGGAUCUGAGCGGGCCGUUCCACAAGAUGGGGUAGGUGAAUGGGAACAAUAACUCGGCUCCCGAUGACUUGAGUCUUGACUAUAAAUUCAUUUCAGCUCUCACCA